AUGGCAGUCAGGUAUAUCUUGCCUGAUGAACUUGCCUCUAUCAUCAAGAGCGAUAGGGUUCCUUGGAAAGACUACUGUGUCGUCGAUGUCCGGGAUGACGAUUGGCACGGCGGCAAUAUCAAAGGGGCGCACAACUCGCCGUCUCAUGGCUUCCUCUUGAAGGUGGACGAGCUUGUGAAGGAUACCAAGCAUGUGCCUUUGGUCAUCUUCCACUGUGCACUCUCUCAAGUGCGAGGUCCCAAAGCCGCCAGGAUCUAUGCCGAGACGCGUAGUCUUCUGCAAGCUGAAGGAGAAGAUAUACCCCAUGAAAUCCUCAUCUUGCGCGGAGGUUUUUCAGAUUUCCAAGCGAAGUUCAGGGAUGACCCGCAGCUUGUGGAGAAUUGGGACGCGGAGGUCUGGGCUGCGGAGUGGGCGAUAUGAGUUCAGUUGCUACUUGUGUUGUGUUAUAGAGCUUCAUUAUGUGUGGCAGGGAAGUACAUCAAGCAUUUGUGCGUGCCAUAUAUUGUGGACUAUGCUGCGGCUAUCAGUGCCUUUGCGCAUUCUACAUUCGAUUUGCCACUCAUCUUGGUGAAUUCCUAUGCCAGGCCCGGAGUCCGUCAACUUGCGCACCUGUCGUGCUAUCUUGUAUUGAUACGUCGGUGUCCGCAACGUCUCUCGUCAAUCGAAGUACGU